AUGGCUACUGCUGUGCUCUUUGAUCUUCGUCCAAUUGCCGGGGAGAACGGGAGAGCGUUGGUGGGGACGAGGGAGAGCGUUGGCGGGGACAAAGUGACGACAGGGCAGCGCGGCAGUACUCGUUCUUGGAGUUACCCUCUUGCUUUCCUGUUGUUUUUAAAGGAUAUGUCUGCCUACGUGAAAAAAAUUCAGUUCAAGUUGCAUGAAAGCUACGGCAAUCCUUUAAGAGUUGUUACCAAACCACCGUAUGAAAUCACCGAAACAGGCUGGGGUGAAUUCGAAAUAAUCAUUAAGAUAUUUUUCAUUGAUCCAAAUGAAAGGCCCGUAACCUUGUAUCACUUGCUGAAGCUUUUUCAGUCUGAUACCAAUGCCAUCCUGGGAAAGAAAACUGUAGUUUCUGAAUUCUAUGAUGAAAUGAUAUUUCAAGAUCCUACUGCGAUGAUGCAGCAGCUGUUAACAACGUCUCGUCAGCUAACGCUCGGUGCUUAUAAGCAUGAAACGGAGUUUGCGGAUCUUGAAGUGAAAACCAGGGAGAAGCUGGAAGCUGCCAAAAAGAAAACUAGUUUUGAAAUUGCUGAGCUUAAAGAAAGACUAAAAGCAAGUCGUGAAACCAUCAACUGCUUAAAGAAUGAAAUCAGAAAACUUGAAGAAGAUGAUCAGUCUAAAGACAUGUGAGGAGCGUUGACUGGAUAAAGAGCCUGUGCUGAAACCAGAAGGGCUUCAGUCAUGGAACCGUGUGCGUUCUCUUGAACUCUGUAACUGAGACUGCGUGAAUUUCACUUGCAAAUGACUGAAGGAUGUGGCUUCAUAAAUGGAAGAAAAAAGAAAGAAUGUAUCCUUGUUUGGUAGUUACAAUCUGUGGGUACUUAAUGAUUUAUUUCCAGUAGCUGGGGUCUUGGAGACCAGACUAUUCGUUUGUUUUGUUUUGUUUGUUUUUUAAAAGCUGCAUUUGUAUGGUAUAUGAAAACUUUGUAUGAAGUCCUCUGUUAGUUCAGUGUGAUUUUACAAAAUGCUGGUGUUUACUUUUUUUUUUUUACUUGUUUUUUCUACUGAUUGUUUAGAGCUGCAUCUUUAAAGCUGAAAAUAAAAU